UCUACGUGAUGCCCCGAAGCCCGUAUCGGAAUGACUCACCCGUUGACCUCGAAGUCCCAAUAGUAUAAGAUUCGCAUCCGAACGACUCGCCACCAACAGUUCCCUCACGAAUCGCUUAUCAGCCAGUCACGAUGACCACAGUAAAAUUGGUUCUGGUGACUCUGACGGUAUCAGUCGCCGCUGGCGCUUCCCGACUGACAUCAUCAAUGGCAAAACAGAACCCCACGGAAGAGGAGUUUCCGGUUGAUGGUAUGGACGGUGGUGGUACUGGGAAUGUCCCCGGACCCGGUGCGGAAUGGGACACUCGGUGUCCCACUACUGUGGGCAGUGGAGCGAUUUGCAUGGAUUGCAACAAGAUUUCGGUGUGCCUACGGGGGAAGGUGCUUCCAGCAAGGGAUUGUCCACGAGAGGCACCGUACUGUGUGAAUUCGGAUGGAAUGGGCGGCCACUGCUCGGCCAAACCGGAUGAAGAGCGCGAGGACUGCCGCAGCGACUUCCAGUGUUCGUCGGAGGGUUACUUUCCAGAUCCCCACAACUGUCACUACUACUAUUUGUGCGAUAUGGAUUUAAAGGCUUUCAAGUAUGACUGCAUGCCAGGGUAUGUGUACGACAUGGCCAGCAAGAAUUGCAAAAGGCAGUUUUUUUCGCAGGAAUGCAAGAUCCUAGACUGCGCCAAGUCCAACGGAGUGUGGGUCUACUAUGACAACAACAAGCAGUUCUAUGGCUAUUGCUAUCAGACGGAGGCCGGCCUCGAAGAGGUGGUGCUGUUCAAGUGUGGUGAUGGAUCUGAGUUCGAUGGGCAGCAGUGUCAGUACAAGUGCAGGUCCGAAGGGAAGUUCCCCGACACCCAGGAUCACUCAAGGUAUUUUGAGUGCUACUAUGUUGGAUUUGUAAUGCAUUUUAGAGUAAAGACUUGUGCCAAGGGAAUGGUUUUCGAUGGAAAUGCGAAGAUCUGUAAACCGAGUCAUACUGUUCAGCAUAAAUAAAUAUAAUUUAAGAUAAAAGUUCGUGUUUGUGC